AUUAUUUGAAACUAAAUGGUAAUAUUCUCCGUGCUUGGAUUCAGCACGGCACAGCAUGACUUUGGCGUUGGGUUUAUUGCUUUAUGUGGCUUUGGGGUUUGGUGGAGGCUUCUGGGAACUCGUAUACUCUUCAUAUACGGCUUGGUUUUGGGCAGAGGAGGAACAUCUUAAUGUUGUAUGAGAUAUCGCUUGCUUUUUUCUUGGGAGGCAUAAUGAAUUUACUAGGCAUCGGCUCGAUUAAUCAACUUCGGGUGUCAUGAAAGAUUGAGUUUAUGAUUUGGUUCCAAACAGUCACCUGUUCCUACCUGAGACGUGAAUUUACUACAACACGCAAGCACGAAUGC